GUAGCUUAAGCCCCUUAAGAAGCAGAUCGUCAACCGACGUCGUUGUACCAAGGAAGACAGCAUGGUUACCAGAUCACCAGUCUCAACGUACAAGCCAAGCUACCUUCACCGCCCAGGUGCUGAACCACUGUUUGCCCUCACAUUGGGGCAGUUAGCACAGAAAGCAGCAGAAGAAUGGGGUGAGAAAGAAGCAUUAGUGUCAGUGUACGAGCAACAACGUUACACUUUCAAAGAAAUGCUAGAAAAGGCUGAUAGGCUUGCUGCAGGCCUCUUGCAGCUGGGCCUUAAGCCUGGAGAUCGAUUGGGAAUAUGGGGCCCCAACUCCAGUGACUGGUAUAUCUCAAGAGUAGCUGCAGCUAGAGCUGGACUUAUAGCAGUACAAAUUGAUCCAGCAUACCAACCCCCAGAACUCUUGCAUGCUCUUGUCAAAGUAGAAGCCAAGGCUCUUAUUUGUGCAGAGAAAUAUAAAUCCAACAAUUGCUAUGAUAUGGUGCAAACAUUAAUUCCAGAAUUAAAUAAGAGUGCUGAGGGUGGAAUUGAAAUUACCAGCUCUAAACUUCCAGCUCUGAAGACACUCAUUGUUAUGAGUAAUGCACAACACAGAGGCGCUUAUCGGCUCAAGGACAUUAUCUUAUCUGCAAGUGAAGAGUACAUCCAGGAAGUAAAUCAACUGCAGACACUCAUACAGCCGGACGAUGGAUGUACUGUUCAGUUCUCAUCUGGCACAACUGGAAGUCCUAAAGCUGCCCUCUUAAGCCACCAUGCCUUGGUCAAUAAUGGCUACUUCAUCAGAACACCCAUGAACAAAGACAGAAAGGGAGUAAAAGUGUGUGUUUUAACACAGUUCUGUCACUCUUCAGGCAGCUUUCAUGGCAUUAUUUGUAACAUACUUUUUGGCUACAUUGUUGUUUUGCCAGCACCUACAUUUGAUGCUAAGAAAACUUUGGAAGCCAUUACACAAGAGAGGUGCACAGACUUGUUUGGAACCCCAUCAAUGUAUGUGGACUUAAUCAACACUUCACAAGACCUGAACCUUAAGGUCACAACACUUCAGGUGGCAGGAUGUGGUGGUGCACCAUGUAGCCAGCAGUUGGCCUUGCAGAUAAAGCAGACAUUAAAUGUCAGGCACUUGCGUCAAGGUUAUGGAAUGACAGAAGUGUCAGGAGUUUUUUUUUCGACAUUUAAUGAUACCUUGGAGCACGUCACAACUACAGUUGGCUGCCUUGUGGAUCACUGUGAG